AUAGGAGGAGGAGGAUGGACUUUCCUUCGUUCCAGACGGUGGUUUGGCAAUCCCGGUUGAGGACUUUCGCACAUGGACAGUGGUUGGGCAUUUUCUCACCAACAAACCGUUCAAGUUCGACAUCAUGCAACAAGUUCUUGCUUCAGUUUGGCGGCCAGCUAUGGGGGUAAGAUUCAAACAAGGCGAAGGAUGGCUGAUUUGGUUCUACUUUUACCAUGAGAAGGAUGCCAAACGUAUACUUGAUGAAGGACCUUGGUCAUUUGAGAACAAUAUGCUUCUGUGUCGCCUUGUUCAGCCUGGAGAAACGGUCACAGCUGCAGAUUUACAGUGGCUAGAGCUCUGGGUUCAAGUGCAUUACCUUCCUCCAGGGUAUACUUCCCCAGCAGUUCUUGAGGCAGUGGGUAAGUUUUUGGGUCAAUUUCGUAAGAUUUAUGUAGCCAAUACUUUUAAAGCUUUCCAAGGAUUCUUUCGGGUGCGUGUGGCCAUUGAUGUUCGUAAACCGUUGAAACGAAAGAUGAAGCUAACGAAGAGGGAUGGCUCUGUAGUGUGGGUUCUCUUCAAAUAUGAGAGGAUUACUCUUUUCUGUUACUAUUGUGGCAUCCUUGGGCAUUUGGCGAAGCACUGUCGUGCAGCACUUCUUUCCUCUUUGGCCCCGGAGAGCUACCUUUAUGAUGAGUCACUCAAGGCAGGGGGAAAGAAGGCUCUCUUAUCAGUUGGAGAGCAAUGGAUCAGGCGUGUAGACCCUGUUAAUGUGGGGCAGUUGGCAAAACUACAGUCGGUUGGUGAAAGCUCUGGGACUGAAGAUGACAUAUCCCUUGCGUUGGCAACUAAACGUAAAAGGGGGAACAAGGUGGGAUUUAAUGUUGUUGCCAAUGAAACCUUGAUGGAUGAUAGUUCAAAAAACUUGUUUGGGGCGGGUGCUGGUUUCCAGACCCUCUAGGAUCAAUGAGCAUCAUUAGCUGGAACUGUCGUGGGUUGGGCAACCGACAGACAGUUAAAGAAGUGGCUGAAUUAGCAGCCGCCAAAAAGCUCGAUUUUAUAUUUUUUAUGGAAACAAAAGGCUCAAGAAGCAAGGCAAAAGAAUUGUGCUUGAAGCUAGGUUUUGAGGGUUUAUUCUUUGUGGACAGUGUGGGAUUGAGUGGGGGUCUAGUAUUACUGUGGAAGGAGAAGAACAUAGCCAACCUUAUUAGUUAUUCUUGUUAUCAUGUGGAUAUUUCUGUUUCAAUAAAGAAUAUGCCAACAU